AUGGCAACCCCAGUUACAAACAGAGCGAUCUACAUUGGACCUCAAAAUGAGUUAUUCGCUACAGAGUACGACGCUGUCUAUGAACCUGGUAACAACCAAGGCUUGGUCGAGGUGCAUUAUUCUGGUGUGAAUCCUGCCGCUGAAAAGCACGGAAUCAUUCUUGGAUUGAACGAUCACGUUUGCGGCUACGAGUUCAGUGGAAAAGUCGUUCAGGCCGGCAACGGGUUUCCUUAUGCGGUUGGCGAUGAGAUCUUCGGCUCAAAGCAGAUGAGCCUAGGCUCGGAGUUCGGAGCGCAUCAGGAUCACCUUCUCGCUGAGGGCAAUACACUCAUGUCCAAGCGCCCAUCUACACUCCCAAAGGAGGCCGCGGCAGUCAUGUCACUCGUGGUGAGGACUGCGGCUGAUGCAUUGUUCAACGUGCUCGGGAUCCCACCCCCAAGCAACUCCUAUUCAGAAAUUUCUCCCGAGAGUGGCAUUGUAAUCUGGGGAGGCGGCAGUGCAGUAGGAUGGUCUGCCGUGCAGCUGGCUGGGGCUGCAGGUCUGAGUCCUAUAAUCACCACAGCGUCUGCCUCCCACCACCAGGCGCUGAAAGAUCUGGGUGCCACGCAAUGCUUCGACUAUAGAGACGACGGCGUGGUCGAUAAGAUCCAGGCCGCUAUUGAUGCUGCAGGCCAGCCACUGAAGUAUAUCUUGGACGCUGUGUGUACACAGGGACGGGGAUCCUCAACAUCCAAGUGUGAUGUACUCAAGACCGCGCCAGAUGCUACCUACACUGGGACUGUGCCAGUACAAAGCAGCAGGAACAAGUGGGUUUGGUGCCUAGGUGCUCGGGCCUGGGAGCUACGACUCCCUCCGCCUGUAGGACAUAUCCCCGCGGACAAGCAAUGGGAGUCACGUUUGGUUGAUAUCGUAUCCUGGGCCGCAGAGAAUUACGGCGAUGGAUUCCGAAUCCCGAACAUCAGGGUGGUUCAGAGGCCCGAAGAGGGGAUCGAAGCAAUCAAGGCUUCGGCUGAUGGAAAGAUCAGCUUUGAGAAGGUUGCAAUUAAGCACCCUUUUGAAGUUCUGGAUCCUGUUGAAUGA